UGCUCUGUACAGACAGCUGUAUGUGUACAGUACAUUUUGCUUGCUGGCCUCGAGACGGGCGCCAGGAGGAAAGAGCCCCAUCGAAGCAAAAGAUGGGGAACCCUGAACGGCAGCCGCAUCGCUACAGACAGAAGGAGUCAAUCCAUCCCUCGUCACCAUCAAUGCCAUUCCGUCCACAGCACUCACUAUACUCACAGCACGAUCCAUUGCCAUUGCCAUUGACAGCCGUCGUCGAAGCUGCGAGUGAGUAGUGACCUUGCGCAUCGCGCCCGAGUCACGUCACGUCUCUCUCAACCAUCCAGCCCAUCAGCACCAGACUCGGACUCGGAACGACGUCGCAUUACUGCGUAGUCUAUACAGAGAACGUGUUCAUCACAGAAUUCAAGUGCUGUUCGACGACAGUUCCAUGGAUCAAGGAUCGCGUUGCUGCCCCACCCACCAAAGUAGUCAAAGCCAAACGCCCCUCGCCAUCCCCGCCGUCACCACAGCUCCAGCCUGAGCCCGAGCCUUGUCCGCACCCGCCCGAGUCCAUCAUCUUCCCUCAUGAGGUGCACAAGGUCGCUGCAGGAAGAGACGACGGGACGGGACACAACUCCUGCUUGAGAAGCAGAGCCCAGGGCCAGAUCACUUGACCUGAUCUGACUACUGCAUUGCAUGCAGUGUUGCCUCAAACAGGCCGAGGCCGUCGACUGUCUGGCUGUCUUGCUUUGCAAAAAUUACGCGACGCCUGCUAUUACUAAGGUUGCCCCACCAUCCACAGGUUCACCCGCCCUGCCGUUGACUCGCCGGUUCGGUUCCCACUGCCCCGCGAGCCUAGUGUAGGCCCGCCCAGCCCAGCCCGCCUCCGUUGAGCGGCGGCCCCUCGAGAGACGUCACUCCAUGAAGGGCUCCCCAUCAGCCAGCAUCAGCCACCAACCAGCCUCGACCGCACGCUGAAAUCUCACCUCCAGCCCCGACCCGAAGAUCACUGCCGACAUCCGCCCCAACACUCAUGAUCCAUGAUCACUUCCAAUCCGUCAAAAAAGCCCUCUAACACGUGCGUGACCUGUCGCGCCCGCAAGGUCCGCUGCGAUGGGCAACGCGACGUCUGCAACAACUGCAUGCGCCUCGGCUUCACCUGCUCCUAUGACGACUCCAUCCCUACUCACCCCACCACAGCCCUCAGCGCCCCAGGCAUGAAUAGCGACGGCACCUCGGCGAGCGACGCCCUCACCAUCCACGCCGUCGCCUCUCACCCCCCUCGCCGCCGCGUCCGCCAGGCCUGCCAGAGCUGCCACUCCAGAAAGGCAAAAUGCAGCGGCACCAUGCCCAAGUGCGACAGGUGUCGCGCUCACAGCCUCGAGUGUGUCUACCGUCCCUCCAAGCGCUCGCGCCUCAGCACAACCCCCGGCGCCUCCUCCUCUCAGCAUGGCCGCGACUCUCUCAUUGGGGACGCCGCCUCCGGUAUGCUCGCCUCCGCCGGCUCGGCGAGGGACGACUACCUCUCAGACCAGAGCCGCAGCGCCUCCGACCAUCUUGAAACCAAUGGCCUCGCCGAUCUCCGCCAUCUCCCGCCCCCCGAGGAGUCUCUCAUCAUCCGCACCUUCGAAAAGUUCUUCCGCCACGUCCACCAUAUCGCCUUGUUUUCCUUUCUGCACCAGGCAUCACUCAUGCAGCGCUACCACUCGGGUUCCAUGGACCGGCCGCUUUUAUUAUCCUUGAUUGGAAUCACCUCCAUCCUCACCGACCUUGGCCCCGGCGCCCGUGAGUACGGCAACAGGUGUAUUGCUGCCGCCGAGGGCCUCAUCCAGCGUGACCUCGGGAGACCCACAGUGCUCAAGAUCCAGGCCUUGGUCCUCAUCAUCAAGCAUCGGAUCUUUUGUCGUCGUUUCUCAGACGCUUUCAUGCUCACGGGUCUGGCAUCUCGAUUCGCCGCUGCCUUGCAGCUCAACCACGAGAACCCCAGGCUCUGCUUCUUGGCCCAAGAGUCCCGGCGACGUCUGAUGUGGUCCCUCUUUAUGAUCGAUAUUGGGAUGGCAGCUGGCCACCCCGACUACACCCUGUGGGCGCACCGGCCGCAGUGUCUAGACAUCAAGUUGCCGUGUAAUGAGCGGAACUUCGAAUACGAUCUCCCAGAAGACACAGAAUCGCUAAUCCCGCCACCGCGCCAGCCGGAUGGCAGUUUGCCUCCACUGACUGACAAGGUUGGGUUUCUGGCCCUCCACAUCCGCAUCCAGUGGAUACGCAGCAAGAUACUGGCCUUCACAAAAACACUUGUCCUUCCAAGGGCUGGCAGUCUGGACUUGAAAGCGCUGCCUCGCAAGUGUGAGGAGCUUCAGGACGAUCUCAAUGCAUUUGAGGGUCGCUUGCCCCCACAGUUUAAAUGGAACGAGGCCAACCUUCGACUGCGGGCAUACCACCCGCGGCUUUGUGUUUACCUGAUGACGCAUCUGUGGUGGGAGCAAUGCCAUUGUGACCUGUACCGGAUUGCGCUGGUAGGGAGGAGGGACAGCCUGUCCAAGGAAUCCAUCUCCAGAUUAGAUCCCGCUUUUGUCAAGUAUUGCCAACGGCAGUGUUUUGAGCACGCCAAGGCCAUGGCCGAAAUGCUCGACAUGGUAUUACAGAAGGGUGUCCCUGUGUCGGACCUUGACCUGCCCGUGCUGGGUUACCAAUGUGCCAACACGCUGUACUACACGCUGGCGUCCUGUGGGGACGAGUACGGCCUUUCACACGCAAGUGUAACAGAGAUGGCAGCGACUUGCCUGAAGGUUGUCAAGCAAUCCGCCCCAGGCCCCGCUGCUGUUGCCAUUGCCGAAGCUCUCGAGAAACUCAUCGAGAGCGGAUGGGUGAGACCGACGCUUCCGAGCAACGUCACCUCGCCUGUGUCCAUGACACCCACCAAUCAUGACCCGUUGGCGGUCGACCCGAUGCUCCAACGAGACGCCCUCCAGGAAGCCGACGUCGCCCACCAGCUCUGCAACCCAUCAAUACCACAGAAUCUGCCGACUCAGGUCGAAUCACCCGGCCAAACAAUGGCAACCGAUGUAUCGCAACCACAAGCACCGAUGCAACCACCAACGCCGGCAGUGCUCCGCGAGGACGAGUCAAUGCCCGUCGCCCAAGCGAACAUGAUGACCGGUGUAACGCCCAAUCUCAGCAACGCGUUCGAGGGAGCCUUGGACGGGUCGAAUUUCGGAAUGGGCGGCCUGGAGCCCUUUGCGAUGGAUUCGUCGAGCUGGUACACCGGAGACUGGUCGAACGGCGGGCUGAUGUAGUAAUGGGAUGUAAUUUCAGCUGCCAAAGGGAAUUGGGUCGUACAGGUGGCAUCAAUUGAUUGCCAGAUGUCUUGAAAAGGUUCCGCAAAAAAUAUGAGAACAGGUUAGAGUUGCAGAAGCUCGGGCAUGUAUAUAGUAGUAUGUUGUAAUUCUGGGUGGUGGGUGGCGUCGCGUAUAUAAGCCUACCGCAUCCAAUUCGACACCGAUACCCGAUCGAGGAAAUCACGCAAAUGGCGGCUCCACAGACA